GUCACGAUGUUAACGGCAGACUCGCUGACAACGCGGAACUAGUAGAGGAUUCACGUGAUUGUCAGUCGGACAUGUUUCCCCAGCGGACAAUUUACAACUCGUCUGGACGGCUACGAUGUAUUCAGCAGGAACAGAGAGUUUGAUCAAACAAGCCAGGGAGAUCGGGGAGGAGGAGCUACAGAAGUUCUACAGCAGGAUCACCAAGCAGCUGACGGGUAAAGAACACGGCCAUGAUGUCAUCGACUCACUCCAGAGACUACACCUGAUCAUGGCCUCCACCAAGUACACUAGGAGGCUGCCAGUGGAGCUGCAUCAGCGUCUCCUGUCGCUUUGUGUGUCUUCCUCUGUGGAGCAGCUGACUGUGUUGACCUCAGCAGUCCUCAGAGAAACACUGCCCCCCUCUGGUCCGGGGCAGAUCUACACCCUACAUGACUCCAGCCCUUUAACCAGUCACACUGCUGCCGUAGCGCUGUCACAGACGGGGUCUAAAGAAGACCUGUCAGCUCUCUCCUCUCUCCUCCUGCGAAGUUUGGAGGGACGACCAGCAGGCAUACUCUCUCACCUUCACACUCUGCCUCUUCUCAACACCAUCAUCACCUACUGCCCAGAGAGCCUUACUGAAGAUCAUGUGACCCUGCUCAGUAAGAGGCUUGUUGAUUGGCUGCGCUACGCCAGCGUUCAGCAGGGAGGUGUGGCUUCAUCAGGAGGGUUUUUCACUGGCCCUCGAAUACGUCAGCCGGGGCCGGUGGUGGAGCUGGACGGCUGUGUGUGUGGUGAUUUCUUCACAGUGCUGUGUGUCAGCCAAGCCUUCUCAGACGACCAAUGGAUGAACCUCUACAGUUUCUCUCUGCUACGCCAUUGGCUGAUCACGUACCACAACGUAGCGGACGGCAACAACAGCACAGACGCAGAUGACAGGUCGGAGGUGGACGGCUCUGUGGUUUCCAUGGUUUCAGCCACGUCCUCCUCCAGCAGACUCCUUCCUCCUAAAGAACGUCUGAGAGAGAAGAGUUUCCAGUACUGCCAACGCCUCAUAGAACAGAGUGACCGCAAGGCGCUGAAGAGAACAGACACAGAGCUACAGAAAGCAUGCCUGGUGGAGGCGGUGCGUAUCCUGGACGGUGUGUGUUUGGAGGAUGCAGGGUGUGUGUAUCGUGCAUUCCCGUGUGUUAAGUCACUGUUCGGCCGUCUGAACUCUGACCUGUCCUGCGGCCGAGUCCUCCUGCCCAUCGCUCAGUUCUACCUCAACCACGGGGAGACUGCAGCGGUGGACAGUGAGUGUGUGUGGACGUGUGUGUUUGGUGUUCUCCCAGCAGAGUGUUUCAACGACCCCUAUCUGGCCCACGAGACGCUGUCCUUCAUCAGAGCCAAUCAGCUGCAGCUACACUCCUCCGUACCGCUCUACACCCGCUACUUCCCUAACCUGCUCAAGUUCCUAGCGUGGGACAGUCCAGGCCUGGUAUCUGACUAUGUGGAUGUGCUGCCCUCUCUGGUCACGGCUGGGACUGCAGUUGAGCUGCUACACUCUCUACUGGACUUGCCUUGUCUCACUGCUGCUCUCACCCUACAGCUCAGGUCUGCAUGCUUCCCUGUGUCUGAGCCAGGGGGCCGUGGCCUGUCAUCGCUGGAAGCGUUCCGAAGCCCCGCCCAUAGAGGCCUCUUCCUGUUCCUGUUGAGAGGGGAGGCAGGGUCUGGUGAUACCAUGGACAGACUGAGCGUGCUCCAUGACCUGCUGAUGGAGGCAGCCGAUUGGUCCAGAGUCAUCCAAUCAGCUCAAAGUGUUCCAGUGCUGCUGCACGUCUACUUCAACACAGUUACCACGGUAUCAGAUGAGAGGUUGCUGGCCCAGCUGGUGUUGGUGCUGCUGGAGAGAAGCAGUCUGUUGCUCAACAUCCCCAAAUACACUGCAGAGAUACACCGGUCAGUAGACACACCACAACACACUAAUACAUCGGUCAGUACACACACCACAACACACUAAUACACUGGUCAGUACACACACCACAACACUAAUACACCGGUCAGUACACACACCACAACACUAAUACACCGGUCAGUACACACACCACACCACUAAUACACCGGUCAGUACACACACCACACCACUAAUACACCGGUCAGUACACACACCACACCACUAAUACCCUGUAGACGAUGUGGAG